AUGAAAGAUGAUACCAAGAUCAUACCUGACGACAGCAAUGCGGCUAUCGCACCGAUAUCGCACGGUGCAGCAUCAUACAAAGAAGCAAUAACUAACAGUGAUAUCAACAUUGUGGGCAAGUCAAAGGAAGGAUUUGUAGAGAAUGAACCAAAUGAAGCGGUGGUAGAGGACCAAGAUGGAAUGAAAGAGAAACAUAAAGACGACGAAAACGUACAUGUAGAUAGUAUAACUAGAAAUGAUGUGGCAGUUAAAGAUAAAUUGAAUGGAGAAAUGGUGGACGGCGAGUCUGAACGUGGAGCGGAUGGGGAUGAAGGAAAUGAUAACAUUGACGUGGAGGAAGAAAUAACUGGCAGCAGUGUUACAGUUGUAAAUGAGUUGAAAGCAGAAGAGUUGUCAGGGAGGUUGGAGGAGCGAAAAGUGGAAGACAGUGAGAUCGUCGAUGGAGAAGACUCCGCCACAGAGAGCUUACCUCCUACAGAGGAACUGGUUGAAGAACCUCAUGACAGGUCGGAUGGUUCAGAUUCUGGAUUGGGAUCAGAGCUGUGCGAAGAACGUCCGCAAGGGGUCGCUGCGAACGGCGUAGAGAGCGACGGCGAAUCAUCGUUGUUAUGUAAAAUAAACGAAGAGGCGCAAUUCGACGAGUUGCAAACGACAGUGGUGAAUUGCAGUGAGAAUCCUACACGUAGUGACGAUGUCGAUAGCGCAGUGGUUAGUGAAAUAGGGAAACAGGACCUUCUGAGCGAAGAACAAUCAAAAUUGUCGCGAAUAGAGCGACAACCUGCCAAGAGCAGCCUGAAGCGGAGUAACCCGGAUUCGGAUGAGUCCGAGGAGCCCAAAGCGAAAAAGCGACGAGGGAUAUCUUUCGACAGCGUUACGGUUUUUUACUUUCCACGAGCACAAGGUUUUACUUGUGUCCCUUCUCAAGGCGGCUCUACACUUGGAAUGGGUGCACAACACACUCAUGUAAAGAAAUUCUCUCUGGCAGAGCAUGCUGUGGAACAGCGGAGGCUACACCGGCAGCUGUUACAACAGAUUAGGUAA